AUGAGUGAUACAUAUGGCAAUCGACCAAGGGUUCGCAUAGCCAAACCGUUGAGGUUAACUCCCACAAGAUCAUCCGAUAGUAGUACGAUUGACCCUACGAGAGUCAACUCAUGGUUGAAAAGGCUAGGGUUUGAGUUUGUAGUCACGCUAAGUACUAGACAAUGCUUGUUUCAUCGUGACACAGUGAAAGUGAAUGGCCUAGUUUGCAAGGAUCCCAAGCAUGUGGAACCCCAAGACUUCUACGGGAGUGGAUUGAAUGUAGCAGCCGACGUAAACAACACUGCCGGCUCCCAAGCAACUCCCGUCGGUGUUGCCCAAAUCCCAGGGCUCAACACUCUCGGCAUCUCCCUGGUUCGCUUUGACUUCGCCCCACACGGCAUCAUCGCUCCCCACACGCACCCUCGCGCCACCGAAAUCUUGACAGUCCUCGAAGGCACGGUCCUGGCCGGCUUCAUCACCUCCAUCCCGGAUAACCGUCUCAUAACCAAGACGUUGAACAAGGGCGACGUGUUCGUGUUUCCUGUGGGUCUCAUUCACUUCCAACAGAAUGUCGGGAAUGGGCAUGCGGUCGCCCUUGCAGCUUUGAACAGCCAAAACCCAGGUGUUAUUCCCAUUGCAAAUUCAGUUUUUGGAUCACACCCGGACAUCCCCACGGAUAUCCUUGCAAAGGCCUUCCAAAUCGAUGCCGCUAUUAUAACCGACAUUGAGGCCAAGUUUUAGACAGUAUCAGGGUUUGAAUUGUGGGGCGUGCAUUGUACUGAUCUUCACAUAUAUAAUAAUAUAUA